AAAACGUGUUAUUCCACUUUUCGCAACUUCGAAAUCGAAAGUGUAGCCCACCAUCCAACCCACCGUUUGCUUUGUCAACAAUCUACAAACCUCCCGUUGAUAUCUUUAAACCUAACAAUUCACCCUUGUUAUUAUCUUUCAAUUUCUCAUCAGAUCUAUUUUUCUUCAUCAUCAGGGCAUCUACAAAACCAUGGCUCUUGUGCAGACAUAUCAUUCACAAGUUGGACCUUUUCGGGGUGACCGUAGGUCAUCUUUUAACAGGCACCACCGUCCUUUGAUUAAUACUACCAUGGCUCCCACCACCAACAAUAGCUGCAAUCUCCCUCAUAACUUUUUCCCAAAUUACGAAAAUUCUUAUGAUUUCUCAAGAAAUUUCUGGGAGUCUAACUAUUGCAGUAAAAUUGCUGAGGCUGACGUAGUACCUCCGAAUAAAAGGAGAAAGUUUUCCACGUCUGCCUGGGAAAGUAGCACGAGACCAUAUAUCCAACCUCCUAUCUAUGAAAAUGGUCCUUCAGCAAACAGAAACACUUCUGCCUAUUUGGAUAGUGUGAGAGUUGAUGUCUGUCAACCUUCAAGUGGUAAGCGUGACCGUUCGAAGUUAGAGGAUGAGGAUUUGGUGUUUAUGUCGAGAGAUGAGAUUGAGAGAUGCUCCCCUUCAAGGAAAGAUGGAAUUGAUGCACUACAAGAAACUCGCCUGCGCUACUCAUAUUGCAGUUUCCUUCAAAAUCUUGGAAUUCAGCUACAAAUACCACAGACCACCAUUGGAACAGCUAUGGUUCUUUGCCACCGUUUUUUUGUUCGGAGGUCUCAUGCAUGCCAUGAUAGAUUUAUGAUAUCAACUGCUGCUCUGUUCCUGGCUGCCAAGAGUGAAGAGACAGCAUGCCCUUUGAACAAUGUUUUGAGAGCUUCAUGUGAAAUUCUCCAUAACCAAGACUUCGAUGUUCUCUCAUAUCGUUUUCCAGUUGGUUGGUUUGAACAGUAUCGGGAAAAAGUGAUCGCAGCGGAGCAUAUAAUAUUGACAACUCUGAAUUUUGAGCUUACUGUGCAGCAUCCUUAUGCCUCUCUUACAUCCACGCUUGAUAAAUUAGGCCUUUCCCAGUCAGUGUUGGUUAACUUGGCUCUUAGCUUAGUUAGCGAAGGAAAUUGAGUUUUUUGUAGGACCAAAAUUCCAUUUCAGUCAAAAUUAUGCAUCAGUCGAGGCUUGGGUAUCCUGCGGUGGAGAAGUUAUUUUCUCUGGGUUUAUUUCUGUUACCUGUCAUGAUGUAUUUAUUGAAUGCUAUCGAGUAAAUUAUCUGUGUAGUAAUUGCAGCAUGCUAUAUUGAUUUGUUUGGAUUGACAUACAAUUGCAGGGUUUAGAGGAAUAAUGUGCUCGCCUAUGAAUGAUAUUCUUAGCUGGUGCUUGAUAUGCUGUUCACCAAAAGUUAUAAUUAUCAUCUGAAGUUGAUCCAGGGAUGUCUAGUGAUGCUCUUAACAUGCAUACACAUAAAUAGUCUGCACAAUAGCAAUAAAAGAAGCCUCAGGAGCUACGAAUCCAGUUCUGCCAAAUGCUUUAUAACAAUUGUCUGUGUACUGUUUGCUUCAUGAAGUCCUCGUUCAAAAUUAUUUACUAUUCACCAUGGCUUCCUGUUUGCUUAGGGUGCUGAUGAAAAUGUCAUCAUGGUCCGAAAUGGUUUUAUAAGUCUUCCUGCCACCCAUCCAGUGGUUAUGUGUGUGCUGUUUAUACCGUUAUAUCCUGUCAAGACUUUCCAAAAUUAGUGUUGACCUUUACAUAUGUUUCACUCCUAAAAUUUAGAGACCUGUAAGCUUGAUUUGACCUCUCCUGUAAAACUUCCCAUAUUUGUUCUGUACCGAUUUCCUUUGCCUUCUGGGUAUACUUAGUACUUCUAUCAACGGAAGUAUAGACAGCCUUAGUGCAGAUGUAGUCAUGAUUUUAGAGCUCAGGUUGUGUUAAGGAGCAACAGUUUAACUUUACACUGAGAGCAGAAAGUCUGUUAACUUGUAAAGGUUUUUACCUCUAGAGAGUGUGCUAAUUAAACUUAUCAAUGGAGAGAUAGUAGUGAGAGGAUGUGACAGACAAGACCACUGCAUAUGCGGGAGCAGAAAAGGACUGUACCACCUUUUAAUGUGAAAGGUUCUACCUCAAUUCUCUACACUCACACAGACACACACAUAGAGUUGGGGAAGGUAAGCUUCUCUUUGGAACUUUCAACAAUUUGCACAUGCCCUAUAAAAAGAGAGCGUUGGAGAGGUAUAUCUGUCUUCAGAACAGUGAACAUUAAUACCUUAAAUCUCUCUAAAGCUUCAUUGUUUUUCUUGUGUCCUAAGAGAAUGCUAGAAGAUAAUUAGCAACAUAUCCAAAAUUUGUGCUACCAGUAUGAUUUAUCUUUAUAAGAAAACACUGCUAUAUUAAGUUGCAUUAGUCUUUAUGCACAUAAAUUGAUGCAACUAUUAUUUACAUUUUGACAUGAUUUUCAAGAAUCACUAUCUUAUGGACAUCAAUGGUGAGGAUUUUUUUGCUGAAUUUAAUUUACUUCACCGUUUCUCCACGAGGCUUGAACCCUCGAGCCUUGACCACUAGGCCAAAGCCAAUAGAACUAUAAAUUUGGUUCUAUUUUGGGGCAUAGUACCUACACAUUUUACAUUUCAUAUACUUUUCCAAUAUGUGUGACCCUUUGUGUUUCCAAUCUAGUUACUACAUUUUUUGACAUCGAGUCCUUUGAAAUUUGGAAAAGCACAUUCAUGGAAUAUGUUUCUAUGAAUUGUUAUCUUCAAAAUGUAAUUUGAUAUAUGACUAUGUUUUGCAAAACAUGGUUUUAGUGGGUUGCUUGAGAAUUUUCAAAAUCUUCUUUUGAUGCAAUGGACUUGCAAUGAUCAUAGAAUUAAGUUAGCUAUAUAUAAUUGGUAUGAUGUCAUUUUCAAGCUUUCGUUUUUUCUCCUUAACACACACAUUUAUAAAUGAACUCCCUCACUCCCAAACAUGUAAUUCUAAAGAGUUAAUUGCAAAACGCAUCCGGUUGGUUUGGUCCAACUGCACUUUAUUACCUAAACUUUAGAUAAUUGCACAAUGAACCCCUUAACAUAUUUUAGCGCCACAUGUUGAACCCUUUUGGCCCAUUUUCGUCUAUUUUGACCUAUCACUAUGUUAAAUUAAAAGGGUAAAAUAGACCUAAGAACCUAUAACAUUACAUUUUAGUACAUUCUUAAGUCUAUUUCACCCUUUUAAAUUCCACAUUGAUUGGUCAAAAUAGACAAAAAUUGUCCAAAAGGGUUCAAGGUGCGUCGCUGAAACAUGUCAAGGGAUGCAUUUGGCAAUUAUUUAAAGUUUAGGUAAUAAAGUGCAAUUUGCCCAAACUAAAGGGUUGCAUUUUGCAAUUAAAUCAAUUUUAAAUUGCAAGUACAUUAAUUUUUUCACUUUGUUUACGUUGUGUACCACACCUACAUGGAAAAAGUAUAAGUUUUACUAAUGUUUGUUUUGUUUGCAUAUAGUUUUACUCAUUUAAUCAGCAUAAUUGAGCAGGAUUGGGCUUAAGUAUUACUCCCUCUGUCCCAAAAUAAGUGUCGCUUUGACUUUUUUCACGUAAUUUGAGGUGUAAAAAAGUCAUACUUCUACGUAUUAUUUUUCGAAUUUUCUUUUUCUGAAUAAAAGUUUAACACAUAUAUUUUUAUUCAGAAAAAGAAAAUUUGGAAAAUAAUGUGUAUAAGUAUGUUUUUCUUGCACCUUAAAUUACGUGCAGAAAGUCAAAGCGACACUUAUUUUGGGAUGGAGGGAGUACUGAUUUUCUUUUAAUCAAAUGAGAGAUAAACAUGCCAUCUGAACCGGCAAAGAAGUCUGUUGUGGUUUACAGUGAAAUGUUUUCCUUGCAAGGGAGUGUUGGUGCGUUAAAAUCUUUGGCUGUAAAUAGUUUACAGAGGAACGGUAGCUAGUGCCUAAAAUCCUUUUCAGCUGUAGCUUACAGAGGAAUUGAAACCCAUUCUCUCACUCAAAACGGUUGAUGGAAUGUGCAUUGGAUACAAUAAUGCAAGUCUCUAGUGCUAGGGCCAGGCACUCAAAUGCACUUAUAGAUGUGAAUGUAUCACUUCAACCUCUGUUUAAUUCAGUUGAAGCUUCGCAAAAGCACAUGUUGUUUUCCCUAUGUUAAACGGUUUAACUUUUCUGAUAGUCAUUGAUGUUGAAGUGUUUUUUCUGGGUGGAGGUGGGGGAGGGGGGUUCUGCACAGUGCACAUAGACAUUUGGUUCCUUUAUUGGCUAACGUGAAAUGGUUUGUGAGCUAUGCCUUUGUCAGUGGUUCAUAAUUUUUUUGGGAAUAUGUGCCUAUAAAAGGCACUCAUGGGAGUAUUCUACUGUAGCAUGAAAAUAAGGAGGGUCAAUCUAGCAGAGUGAUGAGCAGAACCAUCUGCUUUGGAUAUAUAUGGUAUUUUUUAGUAUCUGCUUUACUUCGAGAGAGCAAAGCACUCACCUUUUUGUUAAGUUCUUGGCCUAGAUCUAGAUCAUCUAUACAAAUGUUUCGGAGGUCAGAGGUUCAGGUCGUAUCCUUAAAGUUUGUCAGCUGUAUUUCUGAUGAUUGUUUAUGUCGGACUGGAUGAGCAGUUAGCAUGCCACUUAUACUUGCAGCAAAAGGUUUUUUGUAGUUUCAGCACGAGCUCUUUAUUUCCAGUAACAAAAAAAUUUGGAGGCUGGCCUGCCUAUUCAGUCUAAAAGCUGAUCAUACUGGCAAUCUCUCUGAAUUUUUACUAUGAAUCAUUUUUUUUCCUACCUAUUUAAACUGCGAAAGUUGCUGGAGUCAUAUAUUCUGCUGCUACUGAGGUGGGAGUGGGAGUUGAUGUUCUAUGUAGAUUGCUAUAUGAUGUGUGAUAUAAUAUUACAUACUAUCAACAAUUCUUCAGAAGAUUCUUGGAAAUAAUCCACCUGUUGCUGCUUUUGUAGUUGGUAAGGGAAAUUACCUGUCUUGUCUCCUCUUGGGAUUCUGUGAUUUCAUAUAGAUAGCAAAUUUAUAGCAGGCUAGUUUAUUUAAGAAAAUGUCUGAAGCUGACGUGGUUGUGUAUUUUGUGUGGCAAUAAACAAUGUUCCACGAGAUCGUAUUGUCUCAGAUGGUUUGUUUUAU